UCCUUAGCCCAUGGGUGUUUUAGUUUCGUGUUUGGCAUCACGAUAUUCUCUCGUCUCUCUGUAUGUCGUGACUUUAUUCCCGUUUUGUAAAAUACUAUAUAUACGAAGAGGAAAAGGAAAAGAGUGAGAAAGAGAGGGAUAAAGAAACGUAAGAAAACGUCAUCGAGACGCUCCAUGGCGAGUAAACGAUUAAAAAUGUUCACCUGACAAGAUUCCGAAUCUCAUUACCGAGCAGGACGAAGGAGCGACUCAAGAUUCUCAACAAACGAGAUUAUUGGGCGAAAAAGCGAAGACGACAAAUGAAAAAAAAUGAAUGAUAUCGACAAUAUAGGGAUGACUGGAAGCUCCAAGAUGCCUCACAGUCAUUCGACUCCAGCCGGAGUGGACGGCGGCAGUAGAACGCCGCCGACAACCCCGCGUAAAGCUGGAAAAAUGCUCGCCGUUCGCGUGCAGAUGCUCGACGACACAAUCACGAUGUUUCAAGUGCAGGCCAAAGCUUUGGGAAGGGUCCUGUUCGAUCAAGUUUGCAAACAGUUGCAUCUCCUCGAAGCUGAUUAUUUUGGUCUGGAGUAUCAAGAGCCCAAUGGAACAAAAUACUGGCUCGAUUUGGAGAAGCCGGUAUGUCGACAAGUGGGGCUCUCGCUGGUCGAUCCGCUCCUCAGAUUUUGCGUUAAAUUUUAUACCCCCGAUCCGGCUCAGCUGGAGGAAGAAUUUACGAGAUACUUGUUUUGUUUGCAAAUAAAACGUGAUUUGUCGCACGGUUUGUUGCAAUGCAAUGACAACACUGCCGCAUUGAUGGCGAGUUACAUCGUCCAGGCGGAAUGCGGUGACUACGUGAUAGAAGAUUAUCCCGAUCACACCUAUUUAUCCACGUACAAGUUCGUGCCUCAUCAAGAUCAAGAAUUGGAACGGCGUAUUAUGGAAAAUCAUAAGAAACACGCAGGCCAAUCCCCGGCUGAAGCGGAUCUCAACUUGCUGGAGACUGCUCGACGAUGCGAACUGUACGGCAUUAAAAUGCACCCUGCGAAGGAUCACGAAGCAGUACCAUUGAAUCUCGCAGUAGCACAUAUGGGAAUCGUAGUUUUUCAAAACUAUACCAAGAUAAACACGUUUAGCUGGGCGAAAAUUCGUAAAAUCAGUUUCAAGAGGAAACGAUUUUUAAUAAAAUUGCACCCCGAGGGUUACGGUUAUUACAAGGAUACGGUAGAAUUUUUUUUCGAGGGACGCAACGAGUGCAAAAACUUUUGGAAAAAGUGCGUCGAGAAUCAUGGUUUCUUCCGUUGUUCCGUCGUAAAGAGAGUUAUUAGACAAAAGACACGAGUUUUGAGUCGAGGUUCGUCGUUCAGGUAUAGCGGAAAAACGCAAAAACAAAUCGUCGAGUUCGUUCGCGAUAACUACGUCAAGAGACAAACGUUUCAGAGGUCCAAUUCGUUCCGGCAGACUAGCGGUGGUAGGGCAUUGCAGGGCUCGGAGGGGGGAGGCUAUCGUGGCGCCACCCCAAGCAGCUCCCUUAUGGGCAGCUCCAGCAUCUCUGCCCACCCCCUCCUGCCCCUCGGCGACCCUGCACUGGGAACGCCGGCUCUGUCUCUAUCAUGCGGUUCGAUGACACUGGAUUCUCCGACGACUGUGACGAGUGUCUCGAUGGGAGGGAUGAGUCAUCACCGUCGCGAAGACACAGCUAUGUCCUCUCGGACGCUAACAUCUAUAGACGUACAUUCACCGGCUACGCCCAACCAGGUGCAUCCGGGUCAUCGACAAAUGCAUCUGCAACAAUUUGCUAUGAGCCAGCAUCAGCAGCAUCGGAUAUCGUCAGCAGGUCGUAUCAGCCCCUCUAACAGCAGUCCACCUGAAUUUCCACCACCUCGACCAAUACCCCGGCACCCGUGGCAGCGUUCGGCGAGUUGUCGUGAACUGUACGCAUCGAGUUUCGAGGAUUCGGGGAAAGCUCGUACCCGCGAAGUCAAUGAGAAGUCGUCGACGAUCGAGGAGAGCGGCGGGGGGGCGGGUGCGCAGCCGUUCGAAUUGCCUUCGCAGGGCGAGCUGGACAAUCCGAUAACUCGUUACGACAUAAGCAACCGUUCGUACAGCGCUGCGAGUUCGAAAUUGCCCUCGUUGGACCACGAUUCAGUACCGGAUCGCGUUUACAGUAGUUCCUAUCCGGGGACGUCCUCGUUGUCGACCGAAUCGGGCCACGAGGAAUCGGGGCAGGCCGGUGACUUGUCGCACGACGAUUUGUCCCACGAUUCUUACGAGCUGUUGGAGCGGGAGCACGAGUUUGAGUACCCGGAGUCGUACUCGUCGCCUCGGGACGACGAGAACGAGCCGAUAUCGGACAACAGCGACGACGAAGGAAUCGAGCACGAGAUGUUCCAGAUGGACUCGGAGACCGAUUCCUUCGUCAAGCACCGAUCGGUCAAAUCCUCCGACAAGCAGCUCUUCAAAUCCGUGCUCGCCGACCUGAAAAAUACGACGAGCAGAGCCAAGCCCAUCGAUCGGUACUCGCUCGGCCUCUCUACCGCUCCGGGCCCCGUUAAAAAUAACGAUAAUCAUUUCAUCGUUACCGAGUCCAGAAUACAGCGCACGGGUACACAGAUCGAACGUAAAUUUGAGACGAGACACUCCAAUUCGUUGGAGCAGACUAGCAGUAACAAGCCUCCCCUUCCCCAUCAGGAUUCAGGUAGUAGGAAAGACCCGGUUGUACUCCAGCAAAAGUUGACGGUGCUUAACGAGCUCAAGAAUUUGAAGCCCAAGCACCGGAUGAUAUCGCACGUUGAUUCCGAAGUUUUGCGGGACGAAGGAAUCAUGCGUCCCAAGUCCCGCAUCGACGAUGACCUCAGUCCGGUCGAUCCGAAUAGAACGAUUUUCGAGGCUCCGACCCCUCGCGGCAGAACCGUGAGGGCUCGAAGCAUCGCGAGUCUCGAGGACAACGUUUGUCCGUCGCCGCGUUUCUACGUCGAGACCGGAAGCCUCGGGCGAUCGCAGGCUCACUCGGGCGACAAGCGCCGGCGGGAGGACGACUUCAAGGUCGAGAAGUUGUUGAAACCUUCGGAAAAGGAGCGUAAAAUAAACGAGCGGGAGGAACGCAAGAGAAUGGAGAGAGAAAAUUCGCGGGAAGCUCGGAGAAUGGAAAAAGCGGAUUCGCGGGAGAAAAGGUCGUCGAUCGGUCGCGUCGACUCCCGGGAACGUCGGAGCAUGGAACGCCUCGACUUUUGUGACUCCCACGGCGUGCUUCGGCGGAGCGUCGAACGUCUCGACUCCCGGGAGAGGAACAGCGCCCGUCGCUACGAGCCUCGGGUGAAAAGCGUCGAGAGCCUCGACCGCAGCCCGAAAGAAAAACACGGCGGACGCUAUCACGAGGUUCGUGAACGUCGGGAACGAAGCAUCGAGAGAUUGGACUCUCGCGAGUCCCGCAAGAGUCCCGGGCGUCCUCAUUUCGACUACGAGCAGCGUCACACUCUCGAGCGUUUCGAUUCCGGCAGCAAGAGCCCUCGUGAUCGUCCGAGUCCGCGGGGCAAAAGCGUCGACAAGCUCGUCGAGACUCGCGAGUCCAGGCCGACCUUCGACUUCGAUCCGCGCACGAUCGAGCGCCUGAGCUCCCUCGAGCGGCACGAUUCUUUCGAGAAGAGCCUCGAGCAACAGCAGCGCCACCGGGUCGAGAGACGUUCUUCCAACGACCGGCGCAGUCUGAGCAAGCUGGACUCGCGCGAGCGGAAAAGUCUCGAGCGCUUGGACACGUCGCGCGAAGGUCGAAGCCUGGAAUCGCUGGGACGCGACGAGCUCGAUCCGAGGAGAGCCGAGGAGGCUUCGGAUCAACGGGAAUUGAGAAAGGCGAGCAGGGGCCGCGUCGAGAGAGCGAGCACCGAGGAGAAGCCUCGAGAACGCGACGACUGGAGGAGCCUCGAGCGAGCGAGGAAGGACGACGAGAGGCGCGAACGCGAGAGACAGUCGAAGCUGUCGAUGGACUCGAGAACCGAGACGAUCAUCGGGGUUCCCAACGAGCGGGAAUCCGUCCGCGGCAAAUCAGUUUUCAGCGAGUACGAGCCCAAAAUAAUCGGCGGCAUCGUCGUUGGCUUCGACGACUCCGUGCUCUCGGGGCACGUUCCCGUGGAGCGGACGAAGAGCGACCCGAAUCCCGGGAGGCCUCGGAUCGGCUCGAACAGCAAGCGCCACAUGCUCAUGCACCAGAAAUCGAUCGACCUGACUCCCGCCGAUUCCGGCGACGAAGACCCCUUCUCCGAUGGCCCGACGGCCCGGAGUCGAGCCAAUCCCGAGAUUCCUUACACCCUUCACAAACGUCACGUCAUGAACGGUACCGCCUCCGAUGAAAAAUCCGAGUCGGACAGUGGCAAACCGAGCAGGACCGGGCGCGGCAAAGACUUGCCGAAGUUACCCCUUAAAGUACUCACCGACGCGUCCUGUCUCGACCUCACGAAAUUGACGCCAACGAGCAGCGUCAAGCCCACGGUGGAAUGCCCCAAGAGCAUUCUCGUCAGUCCCGACAAGAACAAAAAAGUCAGUCCCUCGAGCGAAAAGCCGAGAGCUUCGACGACGAGCAGCCCGAGCGUGAUUCUGUCACCGACCGACUCGAAAAGCUUCGUUUCCCUGUUCUCCCCGAAGGACGGAAGCCCCGCGAAGGCUUCCGGCUCCCCGAAGAACCGUUCGCCCCUGAAGACGACUUCGCUCGAUCGUUUCGCAACCGGUAAAUCCGUCGGCGCCGAUAAAAUGUGUACAAAAUCGACGAGCCUCGAGAAAAAGUCUUCCAAGUUGUCGCCGACGGAGGCAAACGUCGCGAUAAUAUCGUCCAUCGAAAAGAAAUCGUCGCCUAAGCUUUUGUCCCCGACCGAUCCGAGCGUCACGUUCGUUUCUCUGGUCGAAAAAUCGAGAUCCCCGGAUUCGAGUUCGAGGGGCUCAGGCUCCGAGAGGUCACCGGGGAAGGUGAAAAUUCCUACGAAUUUGGCCGAAGUCGUUGGCAUGGAGAUAAAGAAGGAGAUCGAGCGCCGUGAAAACGAGAGACUCAAAGUCCCCGACGACGGUCUCGAGAAGCAAGACAGCAUUGAGAAAAUUCCACUCCCCGAGAUCCCCAUUAAACCGGGUACGAAAGAAAAGCCACCGUUGCCGAUCAGAGUAAGUUCAAUGGAGAAAAGAUCGAGCACGGAGAAGCCCGCCCUGCCUGUCAAACCGGCGGUGCCGUCGAAAGAAAAUUUGGCGAUUAAACUAGCCGACCAAGCAGCGAGGGAGGCCGAAAGAGUGUGCAGCGAAUCGAAUAAAUCGGUCGAGCCCGUUGCCGAGGCCGCGUUCACCCCCCCCGACAAACAAAAGGCCUUCGACAAGCCGAGUAUCCCGGAAAAAACGAAGCGCAUACUGGACCGAAUAGAGUCGAGAUUUUCCGAGAUAAAUAAAAAUUCACCGACGAAGAUAUCGCGUCCGCGGAUAAUCGACACCGGAUACGACGACUUCGUUGACCCCGUCGCCGAUUUGCCGCUGGACGAGGUCCCGGUCAAGCCGGCCCUGGAGCUCGACAGUCUCAAGGUUCCGGACUUCAAUCCCUACAUGCUGAGGCCGCACGCCGAGCCGCUGAGGUCCAAGUCGCUUUCCCUCGCCGAAGAAAAGGCCCCGAUCGACACCCUGCUCUCACCGGAAGUCGAGAACAAAGUAUUCGUCCAGGACGUUUCCCCGAAGCGCAGUAAAAGGCCCAAGUUCGACACGAAAAAGGACUUCAAGAAGCAGUCCAAGUCCCUGGAGGGCGACAAGCCUCCGCUGAAGAAGAGCGGCUCGAAAGAGUCGCGGAUAUCACCGGCGAGUUCGAAGAUCGACAAAUCCAAGUUGAAAUUGGGCGAGAUGCCGCAGGAAAUAAUAAUAAUCGACUCGACUGACGUCGCGCCGGAAGUGAGUAUAAUCCAGAAAGGGAGAUCGAAGUCGGUGACGAGAUUGCCGGACCGAUCGUUCUCGGCUUCGAGGGAAGAGAAGGGGGGAGAUUCGAAAAAGCCGCGAGCGAAGUCGGCGUCGGUCGACGAGGAUUUGAUAAAAGGUGGGGCGAUAUUAAAGUGCGAAAAGCAGCGGCCACGCUCGCUCGGAAUAUCGAAGAGUCUCGGGAGCACGGAGAAAGAUUCGGGGGAAAAAGUAUCGCCGAAGAAGACGAAAGGCAAGGGAGAAGCGUCGAAGAGCGCGACGCCGAAAGCCUCGCCCUCGAGAGUCAUCAAAGUCGCUUCGCCGGAGGGGCGUCCGGAGGUGUGCGCGUUCGAGUCCACGCUCGUCAAGAGGCCGAGUUUCUCACGAGAAUCACCGAUUCCGGUGAUACCGGAGAUGGAACAAGCCGCGGAGCUCCCGGCGUUGGAAAAGCCAGCGACGAAAUCGCCGCUCAGUUCACGAAAAAUCGAUCGUAAUCCGGUCUUGUUUUCGGGCGCUCGUCUCGGCUUGUCCGAGGGCAGCGCCAUCGGCUUGCUGCAGCGGCAGGGCGCCGCGCUCUCGCCCACUGCCCAGAGGAGAGCAAAGUCUCUCGAUGCCCCGGUGAUUUCGCUCCACAAGCUGCCACCUGCCGACGCCUUCUCCAGCAAAGACGACACCGUUGAUACUCUCGAGGAGUCCGAAGAUCGAGAGAACCAGGAAAUCGAACCGCAGCAAGUGAAACAGCAGCAGCAGCAGCAGCAGCAGCAGCAACAACAAUCCGUGCAGAUGGAAGCGUCGCCUAAUCACCGAUCCGAGAGCACCGAUCACACGACGGUGCCUGAGAUAUUCACCGAUUCUUUGUCAAUGACGGAAACCUCGGCGCAAUAUCUCGAGUCGCCGCUGACCGAGUGCCAGGAAAUCACGACUUGUCCCGACCUCAUACCGUACGAGCACGACGCCCAAGCGCAGCAGCAGUCGGCGCACCGGCCGAAUAACCGAGAAGUCGAAUCGUCCGGGCCGAAGAUCGAGGGGGCGACGAGGUUCAUCGACCAAAGUUCGGUCGAGUCCGGGGCGGAGACGGACCUGAUGCAGGACACGAGCGCGGACAUAAGGACGUCCACGGGGGGCAGCGACUUUUCAUCGAAGAGUCCGAUUUCCGGGCGGUCCAAGAGAGUCGGUAGCGGCGAGUCCCGGGAUUCGGAGAGAUCGAGAGCCGUAGAAAUAUCGAGUGACAGUUCGGACGGGGAGAGGCGGGAUUCGAACAAGAAGAUCGUAACGCCCCCGGUUCUGCCGCCGAUCGACGACGACAUUCGAGACUCGAUCGAGCGGGAGGAGCUCCCCAACGUGACCGUGAGCUCCGUCGAGAGAGUCGAUUAUUCCGGGGAGGUUGUUUACCUCGAGGCGGACGACGUCCCCGACAUGGUAAAGUCGCCGAUCCAAAUAUCGAUCGAGGAGUGCUCGGACGCGGAAGCGCCUGCGAGCGACGAGAUCCACGACGACAUGCUCGAUCAGGUGAUAUACCAAGCCAGAGAAACGGAAAAGCCUCGGCUCGACUCGGGCGACACUUCCGAGGACACGCUCGACGCCCUCGACGGCCAGGCUCACAUGCAAACCGUCGACAGCGACUUGUCGUCGCCGGAUUACGGGGUCGACAAAAUGGACGAGAAAACCCUCGUCGAAGUUGAACUGACGCCGGAGUAUCUCGAAAUGAGAAAAGACGACGAGCAGGAAGCGACGGAGGAACUGCCGGAAGACGAGCCCCAGAAGCAGCAGCGCAAGGACGAGGACGACUCGGCGAAUAAACUCGACAUCGAGAAAAAAUAUCGGCUGAGCACCGAGCGCUCGAGAAGCGAAGAAACCAACACGUGGACCCCCGAUCGGGAGGACCCGGACUCGAGCUCCUGCUCGAUAGCUCGCCCCCUCGGAAUCGGACAGAUCCAGCCGAUAUUCGAUCGCCGAGAAAUCGCGAUGAUCAAGGAGUCUCGGAGAGAAACGUUCGGGGAGGACGAGGGCAACGGUAACCCCGCGGUAAAGCCCCCGGAACUGAGCUCCACUUGGAAGCCUUUCCCACUGGAGAGCUCGGGAAGUUCGAGCCUGGACGACGGUUGGCUGCCGCAGGACGAUCCGAAUCAGCAUCAGUCCCAGUCCGAGGACAGCAACGGCCCGAACGAGGACAGUUUUCAAGAAGAUUUGGAUUUCCCAACGGGCUUAGUUUUUCCUAUAAAUCCUGAUAUGAUAGCGAACUACGGAGCUUUCGCACUGUCCCGGACCCUGUCUCGGAUUUCGGAGCGCUCCACGACCUCGGAGCAGGACAAGAGCGAUUUGGAGGACUCGUUCAAGCCGAGCUCGCGCUCGCCGAGCCUCGACGACGAGUCGCUCAUCUCCAGCGAUCACCAGCCCUCGCUGUCCUCGGAUCCGCCUUCGGGGACAGCCCUCCCCUCGGUUUCCGACGACCGCAGAACGUCCUCGGAGCUCCCGGACAUUCCGAUCGACGUGCCCGGUCAGCAGGACGACGAUACGAAAUCCCCGAGAUCGAGAAAGUCGAAAUUGCAGCUUCAAGCCUCGGAGGAUUGGCCUUCGCCUCCGAGCUCCCCAAUUUUUGACAACCAGGUCGUCAGCCACGUUGAAACUUAUUACAUGGAGAUAAAACCCGAAGAAGCUGUUCGGGUGACCGUCACCGACAGCACGCCCGACAACACGCCAGGACGGGCCGCCGAGGACAGCGAUUCGAGCGACGAGAAUCGCACCCUGCACGACGAUUUACAUUCGACUUUGAUGGAGGACGGGCAGAGCUCAGCCUCGGCGACGACGAUCGACGGCACGGUUAAAAUAGCGGUUAAACCCAAGUCGAAUUCUUACAUCACCGGCUCUUCCCACAGCGAGGACACUUCCAUGGGUCUCUCGAUGUCGGAAUGGUCGAGCUCGAACAACACGGUACGACAAUUUUGUCAGUACUCGGGGACGAAAUCCGACGACAAUUCUCUCGCUGAGUUGGGAGCCUCGAUUUCCGAUUGGUCCGGGAGCACGACGGUUAUUCCGCAGCAGUAUUACUCGGCGGUGGCGACGGAAAAGAGUCAAAGCGACACGACGACCUCGGACAAAAGCAUAACGAGCAUGAGGCCCAAUUCCAAGUGUCAACUAAUCGAGAGUCCUCCGUUGACGCGAGCCGGUGGAGACGAGCGGGACGAAGUUAUGAUGGAAACGAUGAAGAGUCGAUUGUACGACGACGACGACGACGAUGACGACGACGACGACGAGGACGAAGACGACGACGAGGAGGACGAGCGGGACCUGGAGUCGUCGCGGUACUCUCGGCGGCACGUCGAAGCCAUGAACGAUCGUCAGGUGCCCGACGAGUUCGACGAGGCGAGAAAAUUCGUCGAGAGUCAGUUCGACGCCCACCACCGUCGCCGCUUCGAAGACUCCUCCGAUCCAAAUUUCACGGAUAUUUCACCGCCUCGAAUAACCUUUCAAAACGAGUACGACGAGACCAUCGACGAGGAGGACAUCGACGACUACGCCGGUCCGUUGCCCAGCAUCCCCGGGCCCAUUCCGGAGGAGGACGAAGACGACCAGCUGUACGACAACGUUCCAGCAAUGAGAUACACGAGCAUGGAGCAGGUCCGGAUGAAGGUCAGUCCGGGCGACAGUUCCGAGGACAUGCACGAGAGAUACGCGGACAUCGCGGCCCGGGGUCGCGAAGAGGAAUGGUCGUUCGAGGAGCAGCAGAGAUUGACGAGCGAGCGAGAAGCCGGAGCCUCGAGGUCGCCCAAGCCGGACCGCGGUUACGGGGAGCCCGUCCACGAGGAGCGUUACGUGACGAGAUCGACCGAGAGGCCGGUGGUCGUGACCCGGGGGAAAACCACGCCUUACUACUCGACCACGAGCCUCAGCGGCGAGUCCACGACUUCCAGUCCCCCGAUGCAAGUUCGAGCGCAAAUAAGAACUAAAACGUUGCCUUACUCCUCGUGCAGAAGUCCGCAGAGCGAGGGCGACACUUCCUCCUCCAUGGACAGUCCCGGCCACACUCCGGACCGCGGCCAACGAGCUUAUCGACGAAAGAGGCAACAGAACGCGAAAAGACGACACCGCGUCGCCGUCGAUCUCGAAGUCCGCUACGGCCACGUCGUCUCCAGCACAGAUUCGAGCUUCGACGUCACGAGCUUGCCGCCCCCGCUGCUCGCCGAACCGAGCAUCGACAUCGCCGACGAAGACGAGCUCCGCUCUCGCCAAGACACUGAGAAGCGCUAAAAACCGAUGUCGAAAGCCCGGAGCAGGAGGACUCGGAGAAACGGGAAAACAACAAUUCGUUUUUUCCCGAUAGCAGAAUCAACGACAAA